AUGGCUCCCGACAAGUAUCGUAACCCUCCUCAGGCGCCGCCUCUGUUCACCGCCACCCCCGAGUCGAUCGCGGCCGACACCAAGAAGCUCUGCGAUGCUACCAAGAAUGUGCUGGACUCUGUCGCAGCCAAUGUCACCGCAGACAAGGCCUCUUUCGCCAAUGUCCUUGAGCCUAUCCUCAUAGAUGAGAACCUGGCUGCCACUCAGCGUCGCAUCUUGACCUUCUACCACCAUGUUUCCACCAACAAGGAGCUCCGUGAUGCUUCCACCGAGUCUGAGAGAGUCCUCAAUGACUUCGGUAUCGAGUGUAACAUGCGAGAGGACAUCUUCAACGCUGUGGAUGCGGCUUUCGCCAACCGAGAAUCUCAGGAUCUCACCAAGGAGCAGGCACACGUUCUCGAGAAGGAGAGAAAUAAGUUUAUCCGAAACGGGCUUCGUCUGCCUGCUGGCCCCAAGCGAGACCGAUUCAAGGAGAUACAGAAGCGUCUGAGCGAGCUCGAGAUUCAGGGCCAGACCAACCUCAACGAAGAGAAGGGAGCCAUCUGGUUCACUCCCGAGGAGCUUAAGGGAGUUCCCAGUGACGAUAUUGACGUCGACUCGCUCGAGAAGGGCACUGGCGAGAACGAAGGCAAGGUUAAGCUCUCGUUCAAGUACAACCACUACUUCCCUCUUAUCAAGUAUGCGAUUGACGCCGACACCCGUCGCAAGUACACCGUUGCUGAAUCCAACAAGGCCAAUGUCAAUGUCCCUCUCUUCCAGGAGAUCAUUACCCUCCGUGACGAAGCUGCACGACUUUUGGGUUACGACAACCACGCAGCCCUGCGCAUCGAGGAGAAGAUGGCCAAGAGCCCCGCUGCCGUUCGAUCUUUCCUUGAUGACCUUCGAACUCGGCUUACCGAGGGUGGCACCAAGGAGAUUGGCGCCCUCAAGGAGUACAAGAAGAAGGAUUACGAGGAGCGCGGCCUAUCAUUUGACGACAGCUUCUACAUGUGGGACACAUCCUUUUACUCCCGAAUCCAGAAGGAGAAGGAGUACAGUGUUGACGAGGCCAAGAUCUCUCAGUAUUUCCCUGUUGACUCAACCUUUGCCGGCAUGCUGAAGAUCUUUGAGGAGAUCUUUGGGUUCGUCUUUGUUGAGCUUACGCCCGAAGAGAGAGCCAGACUGAGCCCCACUGGCAAGGCCGAGGACAUCGUAUGGCACGAGGAUGUUUUGAUCUACAGCGUCUGGGAUGACGAGGCCUCAGGCUCAAGCUUCAACGGCUACCUGUACCUUGACCUUCACCCCCGUGACAACAAGUAUGGCCACAACGCCAACUUUAACCUGGAGCCUGGUUACGUCACUGAGGACGGCAAGAAGCACUACCCCGUUACUGCUCUGGUCUGCAAUUUCAGCAAGCCAACUCCCAAGAAGCCAUCCCUGCUCAAGCACCACGAGGUUGUGACCCUGUUCCACGAGCUGGGUCAUGGUAUCCAUGACUUGGCUGGUCGCACCCGCUACAGCUACUUCCACGGAACUUCCACAGUGCUCGACUUUGUCGAGGCUCCAUCCCAGAUGCUCGAGAACUGGUGCUGGACCCCCAGCGUACUCAAGUCACUUUCUAAGCACUGGGAAACAAAGGAGCAAAUUCCCGACGAGCUUAUCGAAAAGCUUGUUUCUACUAAGCGUCUCAACUCAGCAAUCGGCGCACUUGGACAACUUGUUAUUGGCCUCUUUGACAUGACUGUGCACACUCCUGAGUCUCACGAGGCUGUCAAGAAGCUCAACGCUGGUCGAACCUGGAACGAGCUUCGACAUGAAAUUUCCGGCACCAAGGGUCCUGAGGACCUUGGAGAGGGGCUGGAAUGGGGCAACCGACACGCUGGGAUCGGCCACUUCAUUGGUGGAUAUGAUGCUGGAUACUACGGCUACCUCUACUCCGAGGUGUUCUCACUCGACAUGUUCCACUCGUUCUUCGCCAAGAACCCUAUGGACGGUAAGGAAGGUCGACGCUACCGCCAUACCGUGCUAGAGAGAGGUGGAAGUAUCCCCGAGAUGGAAUUCUUAAAUGAGUUCCUGGGCCGAGAGCCUAGCUCGGAAGCUUUCUACAAGGAGCUUGGGCUUUCGUCAUCUGCUUCCUAG